GGCAGGCCGCUCUCACCGGCUCCCUUCCGCUUCCGGUGUCCUACAGCCAUGGCCGCCGCCGUAGCUGCAGCUGGCGCUGGGGAGCCGCUGUCUCCCGACGAAUUGCUCCCGAAAGCCGAGGCGGAGAAGGCCGAGGAGGAGCUGGAAGAGGACGACGACGACGAGCUAGAUGAGACCCUGUCGGAGAGACUCUGGGGUCUGACGGAGAUGUUUCCAGAGAGGAUCCGGUCUGCCGCCGGAGCCACCUUUGAUCUCUCGCUCUUCGUGGCUCAGAAGAUGUACAGAUUCUCCAGGGCAGCUUUGUGGAUCGGGACCACUUCCUUCAUGAUCCUGGUUCUUCCUGUUGUCUUUGAGACCGAAAAGUUGCAAAUGGAGCAACAACAGCAACUACAGCAACGGCAGAUACUUUUAGGGCCUAACACUGGGCUGUCAGGAGGAAUGCCAGGGGCGCUACCUCCACUUCCUGGAAAGAUCUAGAUUGUUACUUCUGUGUUUGUCCUGGUGGGAGAACUUUGAAAUUCAGUUGUGUUUGAACUGCUGAUUGUUUGAACUUUUUAAUUCUUUUUUUUUUUUUUUACUUUGGCACAUCAAUACAUUUAAACCUGGUGGGAACUUUCUCCAUUUCUCAUGGAGAAACCCCAGUUGCACCUGUGCCCUUCAUAAUGCCCUCACUUAUUU